AUGGACGGCAUUAUGGGGUCAACUCGUGGACUUGGUAGUAAAUAUGGACUUGGAAGUUCUCUAGGGUCAUCGAGUGAUGUUGUGCAAAUCCGGUUACAAGGUGACUCUUAUCCGAGUGGUGAUUCCCUGGGAUCAUCUGGCACUGAUAUGUUUCCUGGACUUCCUGGUUAUACCGGUAUCUCUGCUGGUCUUCCGUAUUACGUUGAUUCAGUGGGUGGUAAUGUGGGUUUGUGUGGCGGAAUGAUGGGUUUCGAUGAUGAACUCGGUCACUCCGGCCUAGACAGCAACGAACUUGUCCAGCUUUUGGGAGGCAGUCAAGCUAUCGCUCAAUUGUCCGACAGCCAGCUAGAAGAAUUGGGUCGUGCACAGUUUACCAUUGUGGAUCCUAGAACUGACAACGAAUUAGCAAACUGUCCUUUAAGUUUAUCUGUAGAAGAGGAUGAUCGACCGCUAGAUGAAGAUGAGAUCCUCUAUCUGACUAAAGCAAAAAGUUUGGAUUCUAUUCGUAUCCUUUCGGUUCCUGCUUCCGGAUAUACAAGCAUUAAUGCUACUCAUUUAGCUAAAUGUGUGAAUCUCCGUGAACUGGAUCUAUCAGAAAAUGCACUGCGUGUAUUCCCCAGGCGUUUACAUUUACCUCAGUUAACUAAACUGAGUAUUACAGGGAAUAGAUUUAUACAUGUACCCCUAAUUGAACAAUUUCCUAAACUGAUUCGAUUGAAUUUGGAUGAGAAUUUAAAACAACUAUUAAAUCCUCAAAUGCUGGUCUAUUUUUGUCCAAAACUUAAAUAUAUUAACGGUAUAUACUUUGAAGAGGCGCUUAAUGAUUUCACUAUUCGUAUUAUACAAGAAGCCAGAUCAUUGAUGGAACCGAUUAUACGUUCCAAAUGGGAAACUGACUUUGCUGAUCGAUAUCCCUUUGUAAAAAAUCGUGAAGAACGCAUGACGUUAAUUGGAAACAUGAUUCAGCAUAUAAGGGAACGGAAUGUUUUACUCAGUGAAGCUUUAAAUAAGUACAAAGAUUUAUUACUCUUUCGAUCUAUUGAUGAAUUACUCCGGUCGAAAUUGUAUGAUGCCUCGGAUACAGAACUAUUGAAUGCAGUCGAUUCUCUUGUAGAUGAUAAAUUGACAACAGGCGUUGAUAAUACUCUGGAUAUGCCAACCGCUUCUGUUACUGAGAAUGGACAUUCUGAGGAAGAUUAUGCCUUAACUGAAGCUUCACGAAUAGCUGAUAGUGAAUUGACUCCUUCAGGUGACUGUACUGUUACUAAAGUCACCGCUGCCGCUGCUGCUCCCACUACACCACAUAAAAGUGUUGAUUCGCUUCAUUUGAAUGCAAAACUGUCUCUAUGUGAUUUAGAAUCUGAUGAUACACACGAUGAUGAUGAAGAAGAAAAAGAAGCGGCUGCACGUGCUGCCAAUGAAUGUGCAUUGUUCGAUGCUGCAGAUGAGUUAUUAGGUACACAUCUGCCUGAUUUACAAUUAUUAGCUCAAAAUGCUAAUCAACUGCAAACCACAUUUUUUGUUGAUGCAAUGGGUCGUUUACAUCAACAACAAGUACUUCUUACACCGAAUGGUGCUUGUCAACUAGGCUUAACAAAUAAUGGAUUGUCAAAUUAUCAACUCCACUUGGGACGUUCAUUACGACAAGGUCGUUCAAUUGUUAUGACUGUUGUCCGUCCACGUGGUGUUAGUGGUCGACCGGUGGCUGAAUUUCUACCCGGUGAACUGCGUAAUAAAGACUAUGUAAAAGGUUAUAUGGCUUCUGAGAUAUAUAAAAAAGCUGUGAAAGACACUUUGGGACAAAAAGUAACUCCUAAAAAGCGUACUGGAUCAGGACGGCCGCGGAAAUCAGAUCAAGUCAGUACUUCUGCAGCGGAUAAAUCUUGGUCUGGAUCUGGUAUGGUUCCACUUGGUGAAGUUAAUAUUGACGCUAACACACCGGGGGCAAGUGGCAAAAAAGGAUCUGCUAACCAGUACCGAUCGGGUAAAGUUGAUUUUGAUACUAGUGAAGAUUCAGGUGGAGCAACUGGUGGUCUUCCUCCACGACCAAAGAAACGCAAGUCUAUGGGAAUGCACAGAAGCUUACGGGAUCUUUGCUCAGACACGCCUUUCUCAUCCGAUGCCUACAAUACAGUGAAUUCAGUAGCAGCUGGUGGUCCACGUUCUGAUGCAACUCCUAUCGACUAUGACCCAUUACACUUUAUUCGUUGUCAUGCUAAAGAUAAUGAUGCUGGUGAUAGUGAAACUAAAGUAUGGCGGUGUCUUUUCGAACCAAAUCCACUGCGACCAGAUGAAACAACUCAUGUGGUUGCCACUUGUGGAGGUGAAUGUGUAUGCUUAAUCAAUUGUGAAACUGGCAAAGUCAUGAAGCGUUUCAAGCACAUGGAAGAGGAAUUUUAUACCAUAGCCUGGACAACUGUUGAAGUUGAAGGCGGUAAACGUACUAAUAUCUUGGCUGCAGCUGGUCGUAUGCAUGAAAUUCGACUACUUCACCCGGAACAAUUGGUUUGUUAUGCUGAAAUGAAAGGUCAUACAGAGGAUGUAACCGCUAUGAUAUUUCAUCAAACACAAUCUACAAUUUUAUUCAGUGGAGAUUCUAAGGCAUCUGUUAUCGUCUGGGAUAUUGGUAUCCCUUCUGUACCAGACUACAAAACACGCUACCAGUUAUUAAUGCGUCUUCGUUGUCCUAGAUUAGACGUAAAUCCUGUCCUAAAUCUUGUUUUCCUUCCACACUAUGCCUAUUUAAUAGCUGGUUGUGAAGAUGGUUUAUUUGCUUGGAAGAUAACUGAUUUACGAUUAGAGAAAAGAGAACGUGAACCUGAUAUGGAGUUGAAGUUGGACUUUAAUCAUGAAGUGUGUAUUGACGCUUUAGCUCAGCUUAGCGAUAAUGCUUUAGUAAUAAAAGUUGUCGAGUCUGGAGAAAUUAUGGUCUUCGAUUUUGCAUCAAUUCUUGAACGACGUAAAGGUCUUCAACGUAUUGUUCCAAUUGAAAUGAGAGGACAUUUAUUAUGGCAAAAAACAGAUGAAAUCUACAUCAAUGUAUCUGUUAGACAAAAUCUUGGCGCUGUCCUAUGCGGUGAUAAUGAAGGCUCAAUUUGGAUAUAUGAUUUGGAUCCAUAUUUAGAUGAUUUACACGCUUCUAGUCGUAAACGCUUUCAUGUAAAACCAAUUAAAAUUCUUGAAUGGCCAGAGUGUUCAGUUCAAGGGAAUCGUGAUGAAGAUCAACAACUCAAAGAGAGUAUUACAUCUGGUUUUCGUAAUCCCGUAGUGAAUUCCGUUGAAAUGAGCUCUGAUGGUUAUUAUCUAGCCGCUGUAACUGAUAAUAAUCUUGUAUGCAUAUGGCGAUAUGCUCCACCUCAACAACAGCAACAGCAGCAACAACAACAACAGCAGCAAUAUUCUCAAGUUAUUCAACAAACGCCUAUAUCAAUGCCUCAAACAAGUAUGCAAUUCGCAGCAGCAUUGAAUAAUAAUAAUGAUGCAAUUGUUACAAGUGCUGGUGAUAUCCUCAGUGAUGACAUGUCAGCACAAUUCACUGGCAUAGAUAUGAUACAGGAUCAUUCGUCGGCUUCAAAUGUUCUAGAAUUUGUUACGGCUGAUCAACAGUUGUUAGGCUAG